UGGGCCAGUGCGAAUACGCCAGGCCUGCAGGUGGCAGUAACACAUUAAAGCCGCGGAUCAAAUACGAAGAAGAAGAAAACCGGAAAUAAUUGAAGAACAUGGACAUUCGCUUCACCAAAGGGAAGUCUUUAGUGCUGGAGCGCUCUCUGUCCCGGCCCAGGACGGAAGUGAGUCUGAGCGCCUUCGCGCUGCUCUUCUCGGAGAUAGUGCAGUACUGCCAGAGCCGCGUGUACUCCGUGUCCGAGCUGCAGGGCCGCCUGGCGGACAUGGGCCGGGCAGUGGGAGCGUCCCUGCUCGACCUGCUGGUGCUGCGGGAGAAGAACGGCAAGAGGGAGACCAAAGUGCUGAACAUCCUCCUCUUCAUCAAGGUGUCCGUGUGGAAGUCUCUGUUCGGUAAGGAAGCAGACAAGCUGGAGCAGGCCAACGACGACGACAAGACGUACUACAUCAUCGAGAAGGAGCCGCUGGUGAACGCGUUCAUAUCCGUGCCUAAAGAGAACAGCACGCUGAACUGCGCCGCCUUCACCGCCGGCAUGGUGGAGGCCUUCCUCACUCACAGCGGCUUCCCCGCCAAAGUCACAGCGCACUGGCACAAGGGCACCACGCUCAUGAUCAAAUUCGACGAAGCCGUCAUCGCCCGGGACAAGCAGCUGGACGGGAGGUAGAGCGGCGGAGCCCGAGAGCAGCGUGCGCUGUCUGUACACGAAGUCCACUCCUACGAGAAGUGGAGAAGGUGCAAAAUUUACGUUUACGCAGGUUCCUUUGCCCGAAUGAUAAGAAAACGCAACUUGUUUCGUCUGCUCAGAGAGCGAGUGUACACUCUGAUUGAUUAUAUAACUCAUAAUGCUGACCUGAAUGAAAAACCUGACACCAGAGAAACCCUGUUUCCGCUUCUUGUGGUUGAUUUAAAACCACGAACAGGAACUGACCCAUGACGAAAGUCUUAUUUAUUGCUUCACUUUUCUACAGCAUGAGCACUUGGAGAACAGGAUAUGUGUGUGUGAACGAUUAUUAAGUGUCGGGUCAGUUAUCAGUGGAUGUCUGAGUGUGUUCAGUCUUUCCUCAGCUCUGAUUAUGGGAUUCAGUUUACUGUUCAUUAUUUAUCCUGAGUACAGCUUCCUCCUGGCCCCGAUGUGACUUCCUUUUUCUGUGUUGUAAAGAGAAAUGACUUCUUCUUUGACAAUAAAUGCACAUUGUGUACAGCAGAAA